UUCCCUUACUAUAUAGAGACUACCCAUAAGUUCUGUGACUCUAGAGAACCCUGACUAAUACAGCAAGGCCUAUGGAUAGUCAUUUACUAUACACAUCAUUUGAUUUGUUAUUAAAUACACAGUACAUUUAUGAGGGCUAUGUGCUAGGUUCUAAGGAAAUAGAGAAGAAAAAGACAGGCAGGUUUCCUCACUCAGUGCGCAUUGAUAGCUUGACUGCUGUAUUUUGUAAGGCCUGGAAAACACUGGGUGGUCAUUUCCAGAGGAACUGCUGUGUUUGCGGUUGAAGGGAAUGGCUCUCCCUUCAGGCAACAGCCUUGGUUCUGAAACUAGGGAUGAAUGUGUCUGGAAGCCAGGACUUGUAGAUAAUAGGGAACUUUUGACAUGGUGACCGGCAUAGGAAAUGUGGCUAAAGAGGACCAACCAUGACUGAGCCAGUCUGUGGCUACUGUGUGCCAACACCUGAACCAUGCUUUGGCCAGCCCGUGUCUGCUUGAGACCAAAUGGACUGUGGAUGGAUCCUUUGUGUGUAAUGGACAAGCACUGCACCUGAUGGACCGUGUUCUCACCAGCCGCUUGGUUUCAUUGUUUGAUUUCUGAGAAGACAGUCUCUAGCAAUCAAGGGUGAUUUUUGAACUCCAGAUCAAGGGUUGGGAAUACAGGAGACAGAAAAGAGCCCUGCUUUUGGUUACCCUCCACUGGCCUCAUGUCUUCCAUGCAGAUGGAUCCUGAGUUAGCCAAGCAGCUCUUCUUUGAAGGAGCCACGGUGGUCAUUCUGAACAUGCCCAAGGGGACAGAGUUUGGCAUUGACUACAACUCCUGGGAGGUGGGGCCCAAGUUCCGGGGUGUGAAGAUGAUUCCUCCUGGAAUCCACUUCCUCUACUACAGCUCUGUGGACAAGGCCAAUCCCAGGGAGGUGGGCCCUCGCAUGGGCUUCUUCCUCAGCCUGAAGCAGCGGGGGCUGACAGUCCUGCGCUGGAAUGCAGUCCAGGAAGAAGUAGACUUGUCUCCAGCUCCAGAGGCUGAAGUAGAAGCUAUGAGAGCCAAUCUCCCAGAGCUAGACCAGUUUCUGGGACCUUACCCGUAUGGUACACUCAAGAAAUGGAUCUCACUCACCAACUUCAUCAGUGAGGCCACCAUGGAGAAGCUGCAGCCUGAGAGCAGGCAGAUCUGCGCCUUCUCAGAUGUGCUGCCUGUGCUUUCCAUGAAGCACACCAAGGACAGGGUGGAGCAGAACCUACCCCUCUGCGGCACCGAGUGCAAAAGCUACCAAGAGGGCUUAGCCCGGCUGCCCAAGAUGAGGCCCAGAGCUGGGACAGAGAUCCGCUUCUCAGAGUUGCCCACUCAGAUGUUCCCAGCAGGAGCCACACCAGCAGAAAUCACCAGGCACAGCAUGGACUUGAGCUAUGCCCUCGAGACUGUGCUCAGCAAGCAGUUCCCUGGCAACCCCCAGGAUGUACUUGGUGAGCUCCAGUUUGCCUUUGUGUGCUUCCUGCUGGGCAAUGUGUAUGAGGCAUUUGAGCACUGGAAGCGGCUCCUGAACCUUCUGUGUCGGUCUGAAUCUGCCAUGGGGAAGCACCACACCCUGUACAUCAGCCUCAUCUCCAUCCUGUACCACCAGCUUGGUGAGAUCCCUGCUGACUUCUUUGUGGACAUUGUCUCCCAGGACAACUUCCUCACCAGUACCUUACAGGUUUUCUUUUCUUCUGCCUGCAGUAUUGCGGUGGAAGCCACCCUGAGGAAGAAAGCCGAGAAGUUCCAAGCCCACCUGACUAAGAAGUUCCGCUGGGACUUCACUUCAGAGCCAGAGGACUGUGCCCCAGUGGUGGUGGAGCUCCCCGAGGGCAUCGAGUCGGCCUAACUGUAAAUCCUCAAGCUGUGGGAGACCUCUUCCCUCAUCACUACAACCCAGGGUCUCCCCCAUUCAUCUGUCCUGGAUGGAACCCUCCAGCACAGUUAUCCAGUCAGGUCCUGCAAAGAUGGAGCUGGAACCUGAGCUCUCACCAUAAUACAUUCCUUUGCUGCAAAAGUGGCCAUUUAUGUAUGGUUUCCUAUAGACUGGCCCAGCUGCUGAAUUUCAGGAAAAGAAGAGGUCAAGAUGAAACCUGCCCCAGCAACAGUCUAAUUCCUUCUGACAACGAGAAAAUGAACAUUAAAUCCAAAAGAACUAGCUGCUUAUUCCAUUGCUGCUUAAAAGAGGAAAGAAACCAGAUCCAUCCUAGGGUCUGUGGCAUUAAGUCAGUGAGUUUUUAAGUUAAGUGUGGGUUGGAAGCCGAAUGUGGUUUGUAUAGAGUUUCUUCCUGCUCCUGGUUGGAUGGAAGGAAACCUGCCAAAACUCAGGCCACUGACCUCUCAAGAGCCUAGCUGGGGACAGGUGACAAGGAAGAUGGUGGAUUGAGUCUGGCAGGAGGUCAGCUUCAUCUGCCACACCUCCUCUGCCAAAAGCCACAGUGGUUAAUACCUGAGUCAGCUGCUGGCUGUGGGAUCUCCUGCUACUGUCACCGUCAUCCUGAGGCCUCACUCUGCAGCAGGAUGUGGAAACCUCCCAUGGGUUCCCAUUUCUCACAAAGGUUCCCAUGAUGCUUCUGAUGACAUGGAAAUCAACAGCAAAAGGAGGGGGUCUUGCUCUGAGCCUGCUUCUUAAGCCCUGGUAAAGCCUGGGCCUUUUCUUCAGAACCAUAGAGAUAGCUGGGUAGCUUAACUCUCCCCAGCCCUGCUGUGGGAUUCUCAUGAGUGCUGUCACGUUUCUGGUGUUAGGGAUUCUUGAAGGCACACCCAUUGUGCGGUGUGGGCAGAGUUCUGUCUCAAGAAGGGCUCCAAGGCCCUCCACCCUGACCUCAGGCUCUCUGCUGUACUCUGGAGUCCUUCUGAGGCUUGAGCUCACAGCAGGCCAGUGAGUGAGAGUCCUGCUGUUUAAGACUUUUGGUUCCUCUUGUUUCCUUGGAGAUGUUUUUCCAAGAGCACAAUGUACAUUAAAGUCUUUGAGUUGGGACUAAU